CCAUGGCUGGCGUUCUCCGUGCCUACAACGCCUCGCUCUUGCGCCGGCCUUAUGCGACUGGCAUGGUCUCGGCAGGCUUCCUCUUUGGCGCGGGCGACGUCCUCGCUCAGCAGGGCAUCGAGAAGCGCGGCCGCGACCAUGACUACAUGCGCACGCUCCGCUUGUCGGCUUACGGAGGCCUCAUCUUUGCGCCCCUCAUCACGCGCGUGUACGGCUUCAUCGACCGCAUCCGCUUCCAGUCCAAGGUCGCCACCACGGUCGCGCGCGUCGGCGUCGACCAGUUCGUCCUAACGCCGUGCGUCCUGACCAUCUUCUUCACGGCUCAGUCGCUCCUCGAGGGCAAGGGCUUUGGCGAGGCCAAGCGCAGGAUCGAGACGAGCUGGUGGCCGACUAUCCAGGCCAACUGGGGCACCUGGAUCCCGGUCCAGACGCUCAACUUCUCGGUCGUGCCGCCGCAUCUCCGCCUUCUCACCGUCAACGUCGUCAGCCUCUUCUGGAACGCCUACCUCUCGUACGCCAACGCGCAGGCCGCACCGGCGCAGGACAAGGUCAAGGAGGCCAUGGGCGUCACGGCCUGAUUGCCUUCCUCUCGUUCUCUUUCCCUCUCCCUCUCACUUAUAGACGCAUGCGGCACCCGAGGCGGGGUUCUCGUAGAUGGGAGGGUGCAAGAUGCAGGGCGAGGUGCUACAAC